AGGGCGGGAGAGAAGAAGCCCGGGAGUGAAGUUGAAGCUAAACCCCAUAAGCCAUAAAGAAGUUACAGGGGGGCGCUUUUGGCUUCCAAUUAGGGAUAAUAUUGGCUUCGUAGCAACUACCAAGGAGGAGGACUCUAGAACCACCUCAGCCGUCCCAAAGCCAACACCCUCCUCCUUCUCCCACGCACCCCUCCCCCAAUUCAUGACCAAGAAAAGAAAAGACAGUCAAGGCGCGCUCUGCUCCUCUCUGCGGGUGGGAAGCAGAGAGGCCCGCGGAGUGGCUUAGUUGGACGGUAGGCAUGAGUACAGUUAAAAGGUGGGCGCCUCCGCACGCCUUGCCGCCAGCGGGGACUGAAGUGGCCUGAAAGAGCUGUCCGGCAUUCCUGUUCUUCCCAAAGGGCCGCUUCAAAGGCCGUGGGACUGAGAGCAAACGUCGGGGAUUAUUAUGUCGAUUUCCCGAGGACCCGGGUUCGCCGCGAGGAACCGAAGAACAGGCUGGCUGUUCCGGCGUCCCGCCAACAUUUGAUACCCAGCGAAGCCUAGGAUUGCCCGAAUUGCCGUGGAUCUGCAACUUUCCUCUACUCGCAUCCCAGAUUUUUAAAGAAAGUAUUUUCUGGUCGCCGAGUUGGUCUUUUACCACCAUCAGAACACUGAAGCAAAGACUUCAGUCUCACCAGAGUAUGCUUUAUGUUUUUGCCAAGUGUGAUCUCUAAUUGAAAAUUUAUUUUUGGUUUUGGAUGAAUCUGUGGAAUUUAUGUUGUAAGAAGAAAGGGGGAACGAGACACGAUGAAAGAGAAGUCCAAAAAUGCUGCCCGGACUAGGAGGGAGAAGGAAAACAGUGAAUUUUAUGAACUGGCUAAAUUACUGCCUUUGCCCUCGGCUAUCACCUCGCAGCUGGACAAAGCAUCCAUAAUCAGACUCACCACCAGCUAUCUCAAAAUGAGAGUAGUGUUCCCAGAAGGGCUCGGCGAGGCGUGGGGCCACUCGAGUAGGACCAGUCCCCUGGACAACGUUGGCCGCGAACUGGGCUCCCACCUGCUCCAGACCCUGGAUGGCUUCAUCUUUGUGGUGGCCCCAGAUGGAAAGAUCAUGUACAUUUCGGAGACAGCCUCAGUCCACCUGGGUCUUUCUCAGGUAGAGCUGACCGGGAACAGCAUUUACGAAUACAUCCACCCAGCCGACCACGACGAGAUGACGGCAGUGCUCACGGCCCACCAGCCCUACCACUCUCACUUCGUCCAGGAGUAUGAGAUUGAGCGCUCCUUCUUCCUGAGGAUGAAGUGCGUCUUGGCCAAGAGGAACGCAGGUCUCACCUGCGGCGGCUACAAGGUCAUUCACUGCAGCGGCUACUUGAAGAUCCGACAGUACAGCCUGGACAUGUCCCCCUUCGACGGCUGCUACCAGAACGUGGGCCUGGUGGCUGUGGGCCACUCGUUGCCUCCCAGCGCCGUCACAGAAAUCAAGCUGCACAGCAACAUGUUCAUGUUCCGCGCCAGCCUGGACAUGAAGCUCAUCUUCCUGGACUCCAGAGUGGCGGAGCUGACCGGGUACGAACCUCAGGACCUGAUUGAGAAGACCCUGUAUCACCACGUGCACGGCUGCGACACCUUCCACCUGCGCUGCGCCCACCACCUGCUUCUGGUAAAGGGGCAGGUGACCACCAAGUACUACCGGUUCCUGGCCAAGCACGGCGGCUGGGUCUGGGUACAGAGCUACGCGACCAUCGUGCACAACAGCCGCUCCUCCAGGCCACACUGCAUCGUCAGCGUCAACUACGUCCUCACGGACACGGAAUACAAAGGGCUGCAGCUCUCCCUGGAUCAGAUCUCAGCCUCCAAACCAGCCUUCUCCUAUGCAGGCAGCUCUACUCCCGCUAUGACUGACAGCAGGAAGGGGGCCAAGUCCAGGCUCUCCAGUUCAAAGUCAAAGUCCAGGACUUCCCCGUACCCUCAGUAUUCGGGAUUUCCCACGGAAAGAUCGGAAUCUGAUCACGACAGCCAGUGGGGCGGCAGUCCCCUGACGGACGCCGCCUCCCCGCAGCUCCUGGAUCCCGCGGAGCGGCCGGGCUCCCAGCACGACGCGUCGUGCGCCUACAGGCAGUUCUCAGAGCGCGGCUCCCUCUGCUACGGCUUUGCGCUGGACCACUCCAGGCUGGUGGAGGAGAGGCAUUUCCACACCCAGGCCUGCGAGGGCGGCCGCUGUGAGGCAGGCAGGUACUUCCUGGGAGCGCCGCAGGCGGGGAGGGAGCCCUGGUGGGGCUCUCGCGCAGCCCUGCCCCUGACCAAGGCAUCCCCGGAAAGCAGAGAAGCCUAUGAGAGCAGCAUGCCUCACAUCGCCUCGGUCCACAGGAUCCACGGGCGAGGUCACUGGGAUGAAGAUAGCGUGGUCAGUUCUCCAGACCCUGGGUCGGCCAGCGAAUCAGGUGACCGAUACCGCACCGAGCAGUAUCAAAGUAGCCCACAUGAACCUAGCAAAAUUGAAACUCUGAUAAGAGCCACCCAGCAAAUGAUUAAAGAAGAAGAGAACAGGUUGCAGCUAAGGAAAGCCCCCUCAGACCAACUGGCUUCCAUUAAUGGAGCUGGGAAAAAACACUCCCUCUGUUUUGCAAACUACCAGCAGCCUCCACCGACAGGCGAAGUCUGCCACAGCUCUGCUCUUGCCAACACUUCACCAUGUGACCACAUCCAUCAGAGAGAGGGAAAGAUGCUGAGCCCCCACGAAAAUGACUAUGACAACAGUCCCACAGCACUGUCUCGGAUAAGUAGUCCCAAUUCGGACCGCAUUUCAAAAUCCAGCCUGAUCCUAGCUAAAGACUAUCUACAUUCGGAUAUGUCUCCUCAUCAGACAGCAGGAGACCAUCCUGCCGUCUCUCCAAACUGCUUUGGCUCUCACCGGCAGUAUUUUGAUAAGCAUGCUUACACAUUAACUGGAUACGCUCUGGAGCACUUAUAUGACAGCGAAACCAUUAGAAACUAUUCCUUGGGCUGUAAUGGCUCACACUUUGAUGUAACUUCUCAUCUAAGGAUGCAGCCAGAUCCAGCACAAGGACACAAGGGAACAUCUGUUAUAAUAACCAAUGGAAGCUGAUGUUUUUGUAGAAUGUUUUGUUCUUUAAGGAGCUCUGAAACAUAUUUAUCAUUUACUGCCCCAUUACCAGCAUUUACAAUGCCACAGAUUGUUAGAGUGGAUAAUUUAAGUUACUGGGUAUUUGGCAUGUGUUCCUGUGAAAUCCAAGACAACAGCACUGGCAUUCAGGGUUCUACACAGAUAAUGGAGCUGAAAUGAAUAUACAAAUUGCCCCUCUAUUUAUAUGGGAACCAGAAUUGAUAAGUUUUGAAUUGAAAAAUACUUUAGAUUAAAUGAGCAUAUAUACCACAUGAAAGUACUGAUGGAUGGCAACAAUGCAUUAUCAUGAUCCAGUAAUCUUCAUACACACAGAACAUUAUCCACAAACUGCUGUAUAUACUUUACAUACAGAAAUAUAGACGCUAUACCAGAAAUAUAUCCCGAGUGGAUAACCUUCCUUCACUGGCACGUUAAGAAUCUUAAAGAAAUUCCCAUUACCAAAAUAACUAAGAAAGAGAGAGAUAACAUCUUGUAAACUGGAUUCUCCUUUGUGGCUUCAACCAUCCAGCUCAUUUGGUUCAGGCAUAAAUUAGGGAAAUGGCUCUGGAUAUGAUACGAGAAUGAGUUUUCACCUGGUAUCCAUUAUAAGCAAUCAGGAAGUGGUGAUUUUUCACCUUACUUUUGACUUAGACAAGGAACAGGAUCACACUGACAGAGCAGUGAGGGUUGUUCUAAGUAAAAACAUUGAGAUAUUGGGACCCACAUCAAAAGCCUGGUGUGCCCAACUGGAAAUAGGUUAGUAAAGAUGGAAAGGCCAGAGGCAGAGAAAAAUGAAAUGAUAUUUCAAAACAAACAAUUUAAGAGUCAGCAUAAGUAAUCAAUAUAUUUGGGGCUUAGGAAGCCCCAAAUAAAAAAUUCAAGGUAAUUCACCAAGAAAAAAUGCUAAUAAGUGCCAAAAAAAAAACCCAACAAAAAAACCAAAACCAAAAUCCCCAAACUAAGGAAAACCAGUGAAGUGCUACAUGACAGCAGUGUAAAUGUUUGAAUAUAUUACAAAGCACAGAUGUGCAAAUAUGACGUGUGGAAAACCUCAGGGGAGAGUUUAUGAUAAAAGCUUGGGCUGAUAGACAAGUAGUUAAAACAGAAAGAGUAGUACUUUGAUUGAAAGAACAGAUGAAGUGUUCAUUUUCUGUAUUGUUUGUAAACAACAAAAACAACAAUCUGGCUCUUAAAUUCAUUCAAACAGUAGAAAGACCAGCAGACUAGAUGCUGAGGUCUCUGGGUUCCAGUUCUGACCCUGCCUGUAACUUAUUUUGGGAGUACAGAUGUCUCGCUCACCACACCUGGGCCCCAAUUUCAUCCCUGUGUGGCAGUUCUAAAGUCCCAUGGUUCUGUGGUUCAUUGGUGCAGCAGAACUGAACUUGUUAACAGCUUGACUCUCUGCUGUGAGUUAUCAUGGCUUUUCUUCACUCAUACAGAGGUCUAGAUGCUUUGAAAUAAGCAGGUGCAUGGGCUCUUUUAGGCAUGUAUAGUACAGUCAACUUUCUAGUUCAGCCAAAGUGUAGCUGGUAGAAACUGAUGAGGGAGAAGAAAAAAUUAGUAAGGUUUAUUGAAUGUGCCAUUCUCUAGUAAUCAAAGCAAAGUGACAAAGUGUUAGGGAAGUUUCAUAGAAAAUAUUUCCUGGAGUUCCCAUCAUGGCUUAAUGGGUUAAGAACCCAAGCAGUAUCCUUGAGGAUGUGGGUUCGAUCCCUGGCCUUGCUCAGUGGGUUAAGGAUCCGGUGUUGCCAUGAACUGUGGUGUAGAUCAUAGUCAUGGCUCCGGUCCUGCGUUGCUGCGGCUGUGGCUGUGGUGUCGACCUGCAGCUGCAGCUCUGAUUUGACCCCUAGCCUGGGAACUUCCAUAUGCUGUGGGUGUGACCGCCCCCCCCCCAAAAAAAGGGAAAAUAUUUCAUAGGAGUCCCAUGCCUGAAACUCUUGCCAUAGGGAAGGAGAGGAAUAUAGUGGAAUAACUUAUUGUUUUUAAAACUGAACAUAACAUUGAACACUCAGGGAUUAGUACUAUAUUUUCAUCAUUUAACACAGUUAUUUGGCAUCCUGAGGCAGGUGAUGAUCUGAAUGAUGGUAACCUGAGAGAUAAAUACUAGGUCGUUUGUACAUGAAAAAAGAAGCUACAUAAAAUUAAAUAAAUACUUCUUGGUUAUGAUGGCAACAUUUGUGCUGAAAAUUGGAAAGAGAGCAAGUGAGUAAGAAAAAUUAGUGGUUAUCAUGUAUAAUUUCAAAAGUCUUCAAAGAAUAAUAAAAACUAAAUCUUGAACUAUAUGAGCAAAAAUAUUUGGUAAUUUUGAGAAAAAUAUUUAUGGAAACCCCUAGAAUACUUAAAAUGAUUUCUGAUCAAUUUGCAACAUGAAGUAAGGUUUUAGGAAUGCUAAAGUUUUUUGCAGAAUUCUGUAGAUGGGAAAAUGGUUCAAAGACACAAAUAUCUCAAGAAUAUGGUGCAUUUUGGAAAGGAAAUCUAUACAAAUGGGUUUUACUGAUAGAUACGCAUUCUACCAAAAAUGUCAAGGACAGAUGCUAUAAAAGAAAUGGAAUCUUAUGAAUCACAGAAAAUGAACUGAUCUGAAAGAAAAGACUGUCAACUAAAGAAAUUUCAGUGGAAUUUUUAUAUGGAAGAUAGUUAAUUGAUGAAAAAUAAAUUAUGAAUUCUACAAAUAGGAGGUAAUCAGAAGGAAUAAUGCCCUUUAAAAUGGUAUGACCCAUAUUUUUAGGUGAAGAUGGAAUUAACUAAAUUAUUCCAUCUUGAUUAAACUUUUGGUAGAUUGACCUAAUUUUAAACACCGUUUAAAAGUCAUUCGCUUAAUUUACAGUCUAAUUUGUGGUAGCAGCUUUAUUACAUUGCGUAUAAUGCCUAUAUAUGUGUAUGUAUAUUCCCAGUUAAACUUAAAUUGGCUUUAGUUUUAAUACUUGAUUUCCAUAACUUUGCUAAGUGCUGAGAAUCAUGAUACUUGAUUGACAUAGAGAAGUGUGACAUAUCACUUUGGGGAUUCAUAAAAAUGUGUCAUAUCCAAUUACUAGUAAAUAUGUAGCAGUCCACUAGAUGAUACAAACCUCAUACUUUCUAGUAAUAGUAGGAGUCUAUUUCCCAUUUCACCUGUCUGCCCUACCUAAUUUAAAAAUUUGGAUGACCAAAGAAAUGAGUAUUUCUCUAUCUUCCUUGAGAAAAUUUAGUUAAAACUAUUAUUGAGAGUAUUCAGAUUUGAUAUAUUAUUUUUGGAUGCGUAAUAUUAAUGUCACAGUCAUUAUAGGUCAGAUAUUUAGGUGUGUCUUUUGGCAUACUAUGCUGAAUACAAUGGGCUAGCUUUUUCUAAACAGUAAUUACCUGAUACAGCAUAUUACGACACAGGACCGAUGUGAUAUUCAGAAUGAGGGAGGAUGCAAAAAUUAUUUGCCUUCAGUUUUGAUACAGAAAACUCAUUUAUUCUUUCUUGAUGAUAUUUUAUAGGACUAGAAUAUUUUCAUUGGUACUAUUCUUUUUUUUUUUUGAAGAGUUUCCUGUGUUUUAUUUAUUUAUUUUAUUUUUUAUUUUUGUCUUUUUGCCAUUUCUUGGGCCGCUCCUGUGGCAUAUGGAGGUUCCCAUUCCCAUUGCUAGGGGUCGAAUCGCAGCUAUAGCCGCUGGCUUACACCACAGCCACAGCCGCGUCUGUGACCUACACCACAGCUCACGGCAACGCUGGAUCGUUAACCCACUGAGCAAGGGCAGGGAUCAAACCUGCAACCUCAUGGUUCCCAGUCAGAUUCGUUAACCACUGAGCCACCACGGGAACUCUUGGGUACUAUUCUUAAUUCUCUCUAUACCCUGCUGCUGCAUGUAGCCUCUGGGCAGAAAAUCCCACUUAAACUGAGCUUUAAUGGGAUCUUCUACAAAAGGACAAUAUGCUCCAUUUUCUUUUCUUCUUUAAUUAAGGAUGAGGAUAGAUUCGAUAAAAGACCAUUUGGGAAAUAUACAUAGAUAUUUUAAAAUAAAACAAAAGGCUUUCCCCCCCAAGACCUAGAUCAAAUACAUUUGAUAGAAGAUACUACAGCUAAAGAGAACUUCUGAAUACAGACAUGAUUAUUUUAGAGUGAGCUUUCUCUUUCUUUCAAGAGCUAGAUGUCCUAAAAUGUUCAGGGCAAUUCUGUUAGUACUAGCAGUAAUUUGGAAGUGACAGAGUGAAUGCCGAUCUUUGAAAAACUAAGGACUUUGCUGUUUUGGAGUCACUUAUCUUGCCUAUGAGAAUAGCUUACAUUUUAAUAUACUCUCAUUGAUUUAAAAAAUUUGAAUGCCCAGAUUUGGUUCCUUUGUUCACACAAAUAACAGGACGGAAACAUACAUCUUGUUUUCUGAAUGACUUAAUAAUGAGCAUAAAUGCUAGGCUUCUCCAAAUAAGUGAUUCAAUUUUCAUGUCAGUGUCAGCUUUUGUGAAUAGGAAUUUGACCAGAGACAGCAAAAUCGAUUGGUUAGUUCUUACUGGGAAAUGCAUCAUGGAUCAAACAUUCAUUUUCAUUCUAAACUUUAAAUGAAUGACAGAACAGCUAUGGACACAUGCAUAGGAAAUUUCCCUGGGGAAGAUUUCUGUGUGGGGCUCAUUUCUUGUGCACAAGAGUUGUACGGGUAAUGCUGAACUCAAAAAGUGAGAUUGUGCUCAUGUCUAAAUAGGGGUUUGCUCAGAGUUCCUUUUACAGGACGGUAUGCAAAAAGUCUGUGUGUGUGUGUAUUACACACAACUGUAAAACAAGUAACAAAUUUCUAUUCUGCUGUGCUCCUAAAAACGGAUAGUUCACAUAAGAAAUCCUAAUUAAUAAUUUAAAACCCAACGUUUAUCAUUUUAUUUAUUGCAAUUUUGCUGCAUGGGACUUUGCUUUCAUAAGCCUAUAUAGUGGAGAGUUUGUCCUAGUUUGCUGAUCUGGAACACAUUUAAUCACAGUUGAAUUUGCACCCAACAACCCUGGUGUGUUUACAUUUCAAAAGAAAUGAAAUUGGCGUGGAAAAAUUUUUAGAAGUACUGUAACUUUUUUCCAUUAUUUUUCCCCCAAAGGGAAAUAUUUCAAAAAAAAAAAAAUGAAACAUAUGAGUAGGCACUUCAAAAAAGAUAAAAUAUUUUGUUUGUUUUUUGAAUGACAUGCUAUAAAAAGGAUUAUAUUUGUGAAAGAAGAUACUGAUUGCCAAUAUUUCAAAUACCAUCUUGCAAUGUAUAGUUUUUAGUGACAUCGUAGUAUAAUCUGUAAUUUGAACUUUUACUUUGGAAUGUAAAGUAGAAAAUAUUAGCUAUGUCAAUGAUACCUUGGAAAGUGUUCCCAUUUAUAAUUAUUUAUAUUGUAAAUAGCUUUCUGAAGUAAAUUUGAAGUUAAUGUGCAUAAAAUGUAUUUAUUAUGUGAGGAAUUUUUUGGUUUAAAAUAUAGUUACCAAUGCAGUUUGAGUCUGAAUUAUUCAUUGAAAGAAAAGUUUCUAUAGAACAGAACAGACUGUCAACUAAAAGACUAGCAAUGUGAAGAAAUAAGCAUUGUUUUUGGGCACUCUAGAUUCUUUUGGAAUGGGUAACACACAUACACACACACACACACUUAAAAAGAUCUAGCAAUAGAAGCCUACACAUAUGCACGGUAACUAUUAAGUAACAUCUGAUUUUUGUUUAGAUACUGGAGAAUGGUUUCUUUUUUUUAGUCUUUUUUAGGGCUGCACCCACGGCAUAUGGAGGUUCCCAGGCUAGGGGUCGAAUCGGACAUUAGCCACCAGCCUACGCCACAGCCAUAACAACACCAGAUCCAAGCCGUGUCUAUGACCUAUACCACAGCUCACGGCAACGCCUGAUCCUUAACCCACUGAGCGAGGCUGGGGAUCGAACCUGCAACCUCAUGGUUCCUAGUCGGAUUUGUUUCUGUUGCACCACAAUGGGAACUCCAAGAAUGGUUUCUUAAUUUUUUAUUACAAUGUCUUAAGAAGGACUUCUUUCGUCUCUACCUUGCUAAAAUAAAGUGAGAAAUUUGAAAGUACAGGUUACAUGUUUAAUGUCCAAGAAGGGGAAAUAAAACCUCUAAUACUGA